AUGCUCCCCGAAGAAAAUGCUACGGAAUCGUCCCCUCUAUUGCGUGACGCCGACCCCGAAGCAACAGCCAGAAGAACUUCCAAAAAAACUUCCAAAAAAUCAGGAUGGCGACUAGAAUUAUCGAUUAUUUCCAAAUACACAGCCCCGCUCAUGGCAGCGCUCCUCCUCCAACAUGCAUUGACUGGUUCUAGCAUCUUCAUGGUGGGCCAUCUGGGGAAGCGCGAGAUCGGGGCCGUGAGCUUGGCAAAUAUGACCGCCCAGAUCACUGGUUAUUUCGUCUUUCAGGGCCUGGCAACGUGUUUGGACACGUUAUGCCCGCAGGCGUACGGAUCCGGAAAGCCGACCAUGGUCGGCCUCCAUGUUCAGCGGCUGACGCUGUUCAUGCUCGUCCUGACUGUUCCUAUCGGCGCCAUCUGGUUCAAUGCAGAUCGCCUUUUUCUCCUUGUUCUGCCGGAUGAAUCGAGGGAAACUGCCCUGCUUGCUGGGUUGUAUCUGAAAAUCGCUAUUGCCGGCGCGCCGGGGUAUGCUUGUUUUGAGUCCGGGAAGCGCUUUUUCCAGGCGCAGGGCUUGUUCGGUGCUAGUCUGGUGGUUUUGUUGGUUUGUUCUGUUUUGAACAUCUUCAUGGGAUGGCUGCUUGUUUGGAGACUGCAAUGGGGCUUUGUCGGUGCGCCUAUCGCCGUCGCGAUUGCAAACAGUCUUCUUCCAGUCUUCCUGGCACUGUAUGUGAUCUUCAUCAAGGGAUCUGAAUGUUGGCAUCCUAUCUCAAUGGAGGUAUGGCGCGGCUGGGGUCCGAUGUUAAGCCUUGCCAUCCCCAGCUGGUUAAUGAUCGAAGCUGAGGUCCUCGCUUGGGAGUUCAUGACAAUUGUAUCGUCUCAUCUGGGUGCGACUGAGCUUGCAACCCAGGCUGCCAUCUCGACGCUGUCCGACUUUGCGUUCCAGGUCUCGUUUUCCAUCGCUGUUGCGGGUGGUACGCACAUUGCGUACUUGGUGGGUGCAGGCUUCCUCCAACGUGCGGCUACAGCAGCUAAAGUCAUGGUACUCUCUUCCUUUGGUGCUGGCCUUGCAAAUAUGCUUGUCAUUAUCACUCUCCGGGGUGUGAUUCCAGGCUUCUUCAGUGAUAUUGGCGAGGUCUGGCACUAUAUCUAUAUUUUGCUGCCCUUGGGUGCUGUCAUUCAAAUACCCGAUGCCGUGGCUACAUCCCUAAACAGCUUACUGCGGGCUGUUGGCCGGCCGGAUCUGGGUAGCUAUGUUCAGCUCUCAAUCUAUUACCUCGUAGGCCUGCCCUUGGGAAUUGCAUUUGCAUUUGUAUUGGACUGGAGCAUAUUUGGGCUGUGGUGUGGAAUCCUCAUUGCUCAGUCGAUCAUUGUGCUGACUGAGGGCUUUUAUUUCUGGAAAAUGGUGGACUGGGCGAAAGCAUCCCGAGAAGCAAUAGAGCGGGUGUGA